UGACAUGUUUCAACCUUGUUUUCUGGGCAGAGGUCUGAAUUGACAGUACUUGAAAUAGGGCUGUCGCAUCGCGAUACUUUGAGUUGUGUCCGUCAGACAUUAUUACCUUUAAGACUUUCACCAAGAUGCGCCGACUCUCUACCUUCUAUUUAUUCCAUUUCCUCAGUCUCGCCGAUUGCAUUGACCUAACCUCUAAACGUGGAUUGGCGUUCCAUGGCGACAAACAUGAGUCCGAUAAUGAGCUACUACUGUCCAACAACUCGGAGAUAGCCUGGUACUACACCUGGUCCCUCUGGCCGUCGGAUGAAAUUGGCCAAUCUCUUCCUUUUGUACCAUUGAUUCACGGUCUCGACGAUGCAUCGGACUCCGAACUUAAAUCCCGUCUCAACAAACUUCCAGACUCUUCAACCCACCUCCUCAGCUUCAACGAGCCUGAUGGAGAGACGGAUACGGGUGGCAGCUCAAUAUCAGCCAAGGAUGCUGCCCGUUCCUACAUGUCCAACAUCGCUCCGUUGAGAAAUUCGACGAAUUCCCGACAGUGGAAUAUAAGCCACCCAAGUGUUACUGGCUCUCCACGAGGCCUUGAAUGGCUCAGAGACUUUAACGAGUCUUGUUACGACAUUGAUGACGAUGGCUGCCCGACAGAUUUUGUGGCAGUACACUGGUAUGGUGAUACUCCGGGGCUCGAAAACUGGCUGCAAACCUUGCAAGAGUUUUACAACGAGACCGCCCCGGAAGCACAGUUCUGGAUUACCGAAUUGGCUUUACCGAAAGAAGACGAGGAAGCGACUUUAUCCAUGAUGAACGAGAGCUUGCGAAAGCUCGACAGUCUUGACUCCGUGCAAGCGUAUGCCUGGUUUGGAGCAUUCCGUUCAGAUGAAGCAAACGAGUGGACUGGCGACAGUGUUUCCCUCUUUGAUGAUGACGGAGGCCUAACAAAACUCGGCGUAGAGUAUCUAGGUGGCGAGAGCAAGGGAUUUGAGGAGGGAAUGUCGGGAGGCCUCCGGCUAGCGCCCACGAGCAGUCUUGUUCUGGGUGUGUUGAUGAUAGCGUCGUUCCUUAUCUGGUGAUUCCCCUAGAAUUAGAUGAUGUUACGGGCUGUGCCUGUAUAGACAGAACUACGAUAUGAAACAAUGACGAUGUAUCUCAAGUCCCUAACUCUUAUUCACGUCUAUACGUUUUC